GCAAGUUUCCACCCGAGGACUCCAACUCGGCUUGGAGAAGAAAUGGCUGUCAGGCACUUGCCCACCACGGUCCAGGAACCGGUGACGCUCAGGGACGUGGCGGUGCUGUUCACCCAGGAGGAGUGGGCCCAGCUGAGCCCCGCGCAGCGGGGCCUGUACAGGGACGUGAUGCUGGAGAACUGCAGCCACCUGGCCUCUCUGGGGCUCCUAGGACCCAAACCAGAUCCAUUUGGUCAGCUGGGAAAAGGGGAAGAAUGGACAGCGGAGGUCGCCUCACGAGGCUUCUGCCUGGACUGGAUACCUCUCCCUAUGAGUAAGAAAUCUACGCUCAAGGCAGAUAUUCCUGAAGAAGAGUUGGAUCAGUGGAUGGUGGAGGGGAGAUUCACUAGCAGUAGUCUCUGGACGCGUGAUGGCCCAUGGACAUGGCAGCACGGAGGCCAGGAGGUGAAGCUGCGGAAAGGGGUGCUCACGCCCCAGCAAACCUCACGUGUGGACAGUGCCCAGGAAUGGGUUGGAUCUGGGAGGUGCCACACCAUGAGCUCAUCUUCUGUUCAAAGUCAGGGAUUACAGUCUAGCAAAAAAGCAUUUGAAUGUACUGAGUGUGGAAAAGUCUUCGCUACAAGUUCGACCCUUAAUAAACAUAGGAAAAUUCAUACUGAAAAACUUAAUUCGAAUCAGAAAACUCUUAUUAAAGAGAAACGGUAUGAAUGUAGAGAAUGUGGGAAGGCUUUUCACCAGAGCACACACCUUAUCCAUCACCAAAGAAUUCACACUGGCGAGAAACCGUAUGAAUGUAAGGAAUGUGGCAAGGCCUUCUCAGUGAGCUCCUCACUCACGUACCAUCAGAAAAUUCACACUGGAGAGAAACCUUUCGAAUGCAACUUAUGUGGAAAAGCUUUUAUCCGAAACAUACACCUUGCCCACCAUCAUAGAAUACAUACCGGAGAGAAACCUUUUAAAUGUGACAUAUGUGACAAAGCCUUUGUGUGCAGGGCGCAUCUUACCAAACACCAGAAUAUUCACAGUGGAGAGAAACCCUAUAAAUGUAAUGAAUGUGGGAAAGCCUUCAAUCAGAGUACAAGUUUUCUUCAGCAUCAGAGAAUUCACACCGGAGAGAAGCCCUUUGAAUGUAAUGAAUGCGGAAAGGCCUUCAGGGUAAACUCUUCCCUGACUGAGCACCAGAGAAUUCAUACUGGAGAGAAACCUUAUAAGUGUAAUGAGUGUGGGAAAGCUUUCAGAGAUAAUUCAUCCUUUGCUCGACAUCGGAAGAUUCAUACUGGAGAAAAACCUUACAGAUGUGGUUUGUGUGAGAAAGCCUUCAGGGACCAGUCUGCCCUAGCCCAACAUCAGAGGAUUCAUACUGGGGAAAAACCGUAUACAUGUAAUAUAUGUGAGAAGGCCUUCAGUGACCAUUCAGCCCUUACUCAACACAAAAGAAUUCACACUAGAGAGAAACCUUACAAGUGCAAACUCUGUGAGAAAGCCUUCAUCCGAAGCACACACCUUACUCAGCAUCAGAGGACGCACACAGGGGAGAAACCCUACAAAUGUAGUAAGUGUGGGAAAGCCUUCAGCCAGACUGCAAACCUCAUUCAGCAUCAGAAACAUCACAUGGGAGAAAAGUGAUUGCAGUUCAUAGAAAAGAGCUUUGAGACUGAGUGUAUGAAUAAUUGAAGGUAAGAGAAUCCAUGCCAGAAAAUAACCGUGAAAGCUUAUGUCAAGAUAGUCAUUUUAUUCCUGAAAGUCAAACUUCACAGUAUUGUGGGUUUUGAGAAUUUCAGAAUGUCAGACAUUCCUCUUGGUCAGAACUGCUCCACCUGAAUAGCAUUACUGUAUAAUUAGUCUGAAUUGCCAAGUAUAAACACCAAUAUGGAGCUUCAUUAACAACUUAGAAAUUUAUCAAAUUUACAUUUUGAUUAUUAAGAGAAAUUAUAUACUUCUUAGCCCCCCUUGGCUUAGAAUUCACACACAUCACUUCCAUUCACACCCCAUUAGGGACAACUAACCAUAUGACCCAAUGCAGAGCUGAGAAAGGGGGGAAGGGGCUGGACACCAACCCAGAGAAGAUGUGUAGGACAGUGAGGUCCAUGUGCCCAUGGUGCUCUGAUGAGCCAUGAGCAGGCUGAGUGUAUGAAAGUCAAAAAGAAAAAAAAAAGAAAUUAUAAAAUCAUAAAAAUUACAGUUAAGAAGCAAAGGAA